GGCACAUUGAACCCAUUCACUAUCCCCUUCUCUCGUGCUCUUUGCUUAGCCAUGUCCCUCGCAUGUCCAGACCGCUUAUGCGAAUCCCGUACACGGGGCCUCUGCCACCACCCCUGAUUAUCCCACCAUCGGCAGCCACCAAACAAGGUGCCAUCACCGCCCUCUCGCAUUUUCUGACUUCUCCCGCGCCACCCUCGCCCAACCCGUCCCCAGGCCAAGAUGCGCAGCGUGAGGGAAAUAAGACAGUCCUUCUCACAGGUGCAGGCAUAAGCGUCGCCUCAGGCCUGGCCGACUAUCGCGGCGUCAACGGCACCUACACCCAGAACAAGAGCUACCGACCCAUCUAUUACCACGAGUUCAUCUCGAGCCACGAAUCCCGCAAGCGAUACUGGGCCCGCUCAUUCUUGGGCUGGAGGGGUCUUCACCGCUCAAAGCCCAACGCCGGACACUAUGCCAUUCGUGAUCUCGGAAAGCUAGGGUUGGUCGACCGUGUGGUUACUCAGAAUGUCGAUUCGUUCCACGGUCUUGCGCAUCCGCAACUGAAGACGGUGGAAUUACACGGGUUUCUCAGGGCUCUGGUCUGUCUGAGCUGUAAGAGGCUCAUUGACCGCGAUGAUUUCCAGAAGAGAUUGGCCGAGUUGAAUCCCGCCUGGGCGGAGUUUCUGCAACUGCUCCUGGCGUCCGGGGCAUUGGACACUGAGAAUCCCACCGAAAGGAGGAGGCUGGGUUUCAGGACAAACCCCGACGGUGACGCCGACGUCCCUGGCGCCCCGUACUAUACGUUCAGAUAUCCCGCCUGUCCACAUUGUCUAAAGCGGCCGCCAAUUCUGCAAGAUGGCAGCAAGGGGCACGUGGAUGUUGAUGCGGACGGUGCUUGGGUACCGUCACCCACGGCAUCCGUGGCACCCUACGGCGUGGGCGUCCUCAAACCCAACGUGAUCAUGUUCGGUGAAUCCAUCUCAACCGAAGUGAAAACCGCAGCGGAGGAAGCUAUUGAUGCCGCGGCCAAGAUCUUGGUCGUCGGCAGCUCUCUCGCAACCUACUCGGCUUGGCGGCUGGUGAAGAGGGCGCAUGAGCGGGGCAUGGGCAUCGGGAUCUUGAACAUGGGUGGUGUCAGGAAGGAGGAAGUAUUCUUUGGGGAACUCCUACCACACCGCCAUUCCCAGGGGCAGGGAGAUCAACAUGCGGGAUGGACAGCAUUGAGACGGGAUCUUGUGCGUGCCAGUUUGCCAGCUGAAGAGGUCUUGCCUGGAGUGGUCGAUGCGAUUCGCGCCAACAUGUCUGAACAAGAGCAACCCCCUGCAGCGCGCCUCCAAUCUUAUCCCUGAAGCCACCUCUCCCACAGGUGUCUGGUACUCUCGGAUCAGCGUAGAGAUCUUUAGGGACACCUUGGUUCAUAGCUGUGGAACGCAUCUCAUUUGUGACUCGGGCGGACGGGGCCGUCACGGUCAGAGAACGCUACGAGCUCUUCUAGACCUUGGCCUGGAGAUAUCCAAAUGCUAUGAACCAAGAUCAAUGUCAAGGCUGUCUGGGAUCUCCGGAAGGUCGGGAUGAAUAUACGUGAAUUUAUCUUCCAAGUCGACUCCUAAAUGAUGCCGAUCCAGUUAAUGAUCAUGCUCGCCACCAAUACCAUGCUGAACAAAAGUAUAACAAAGAACAUGGACAGGCCCCGUAAAAAAAUCUGCCCGCGGAAAAGAGCGUUUUGCUGGCGAAAGAAGCGAUAUGCACCGACGACCACGCUGAGGAUAGCGAGGACGAAGCUGGUGCACGCCAUUGCUUUUGCCAACUGCACAGCAUCUGCCGAAUCAACGAGCCGCCCAUUCAAAAUGCCAAAUUGCAGCACUACCAAGCCGAAGCCCGCCAUUCCAAAUCCGAACUCGAACCAGCUGAUGAAUGUUUCCUCAUUCGUGAUAUGCUCACGAACAUUGUAUCCAAACUCCAUUUCCACCGCCACAUACUCAUCCCAGAACUUUUUGAGAGACCAAUUCUCCCUCGCAUCACGGGGUUUGGUUGUUGCGGUCGGGGUUUGUUCGAGCCCAUCCCAGAACUGCCUGGCUAUCUCGACAUAGUCAGAUGUGGCGUCAAGGGUGGAAGAGGAGGCUAGUCUUGGAGACGGUGGAUAGGAUUGAUAGAUGGUAGUAGUGUGUCUGUCGUCGUUCAUUUGUAUAACUGCAGAGGAGGAGUGAAGGCGGCGUCUGAUGGCCAUGGCUGUGCGUUUGAAGAAAGGACCUGCAAAAAGAUCUGUGAUAGAACCAAGGGAGAAAGUAUAGUUCGCGAGAUUCGCGUAAAGUAUGUCGAGUAGUACCGAACACCUCUUAGAUCGCAAUCCAAGGACUCAGGGAGUGUAAAUCAAUUGUUUUACGGCUGAGAGAAUUUGGAAAGGAUUGACAACCCACCUCUCUGCUUAUAAGGCACUUGGAGUAACAGGCCCUCCUUCCGCGACGGCAAAACCAAUAUACCAAAGUUCUUCUUCGAUCAUGGCAACUACC